AAUUUAUACUAAAGCCUCCUAGAUCUAGAUUAGAUAAUGGUAAGAUAGACAAUAGAUUAGAUUAAUAGAUCUAGGCAGUAGAUUCUAGAACUUGAGUAGAGUAGAGUCUAGUCCUAGAUUUAGAUCUAUGACAGUAUGUAGACCUACAUCUAUUAAAUUACGUUACGAGCAGAAAGCCAUGCUUUGCUACAUGGUCAUGCAGUUUGCUCACUAAACUUUCGUUUGGAUUUAUUGAUGGUCCCGGGUUCAAACCCUGCCCGCUCUAAUCCCCCGUUGCCUGCAGUAGGUUUAGACUAGGAAGUAAAUUAUCUUCAACUCUGAAGGAACAUCCGAAACAUGUCAAACAUUUUACAGUUGAAACUCCCAUAUAUAUAUAUCUGGAAUAUCCUCCGUUCUUGAUGAGUCCAACAAAACUGAGUGGAGGUCACACUUCAUCUGUGUUGUGUGUUGAUGUACACCCGCAGAAUGGGCGCAUCGCAUCUGGAGGAGAAGCUGGUGAACUGUGUAUUUGGUCGCAUGAUGGACAAGUUAUUGGGAAAAUCUCUAGACCAGAUACAGAAUGCACUUCAGUACUGUUCUCCAGGGAAAAUCCAAACUUAAUUUAUGCAGCUUUUGGUGAAGAAAUUCUUAUCCUUGAUCAACAGAGAUUUCAAGAACCACUUUAUGUGUUGCACUCUAAUACAGAUGAAAUCAAUCAGAUAACACUAGACUCUAAAGAACAGUUCUUAGCAGCUUGUGAUGAUUCAGGUGAAAUCAAAGUCUUUGGCCUGCAAGACAGGAAAGUUUUCAAAACGCUGAGGCUCAAACAUACAAACAUUUGUUCAACUGCUGUGUUUCGUCCUGGCCGACCUUGGGAGGUUGUGACUGGUGGAUUAGACUGCCGGUUGGUGCACUGGGACUUUUCAAAACCAAAAUGUUUGAACCAGUUCAAUAUGCAGGAGCUGCAUGCCACACCUGGAGAUGCCCCGUACAUGAUCAAUCCUCCCUUCAUCCAUCACAUGUCUGUGUCCCCCACAGGCAGCACUUUGGCCUGUGCCUUAGAAAAUGGGCAGAUCCCAAUUUUCAGUGGCAGCCAGAAGAAUUUACAACCCAAAUUUGCACUUCUGGGGCACAUGCAGGGGGUCUCCCAGGUCCAUUUUUUAACAGAGGAGAUGCUCCUAUCUGCUGGAAAUGAUUCUUGUAUCAACCAGUGGGAUUUAACUAAGGCAGAGCUCUACCAGCCUGCUGAGGUGUACAUGAAUGGAAAUGGAGACUCUGCUCAUCCAGAGGAUGACAGUAAUCUUGCCAUAUCUGAACUUUGCAAAGUGCGCUCAUUUAGUCAUUCUAGCAAGGUCAACUGGAUGGUGCCUUACAGAGCUAAUGGGGAACAGUUGCUAUACUUGGCCGAUCAGACAUCAGAUAUCACUAUAUUGGACUUGUCCUAAAAGCAUAUUUCUGCAGGGUAUUUUGAGUGCAAAGUGGUUUUUACAAACAAAAUAGAUAUAUAUAAAGUCCUAAUGACCUAUUGCCUUUAUUUAUUAAUUUAUCAGCAAUUUAUUUUGUGAGAUUGUUUAAAAUCCUGUGUGCUAUAAUACAAAUUUAUAUUUUAGUAAUUUUACUCACAAUUCUCUAGCUUUUGUAAUAAAAUCUAAUUUUGCUUUUCUAUUACAUUUUGGGGUGCUCGUUUAUAGAUAAAACUGUUCAGUUUCAAGGCAAAAGAUGAGAUCAGUUGUUUCUGUUUUCUUUUUAUAAGGUCCUUUGAGACCACAAGUAAAUCUAAGAAAGCAUUCCUUAACCCUGUAUCACUUCUGAAUUAAAAUACUUUUAGACUAGGUUUAAUUCAUUUUUAACCCCAAAAGUCAACACCACAAUUAAUAAACUUACCUUAAAUAGUAAAAUCUUAUAUUAAGUUUAUUUCUUUUGUAUUGCUUUUUUUUUUUUUUUUUUUAAGUACCCAUAUGUUGGUUUGAUUUAUCCUAGAUAUAGUAGUAAUAUAGUAGAUUCUGCUUAAUUUUCCUAUAAAUAAAAAAGGAAUAAAAUUACCACACAAUGGUGAAGUCUUCAUUCCAACUGUCAAUAAAAUGUGUACAUACAUUUGUACAGAGUCACUUUGUCAUUAUGUCAAUAAGGUUGAAAAUCAAAAUGGUUAAACCUGUAAUGUUCAAAGAUAUCUGUGAUACAUUUUACUUCCUGGUGGGAACACUUGGUGAAUGAAUUGGAUGAUGGGUAAUUUGUUGAAACUUUCGCUACUAAUCGUUCAAUACUAAAUAUAUACAACUCUUUAGAAACAUCUCCUCUGUUUAUGUUCUAGGGUUGAAUUUAAAAUUAUCAUAUAAAGAGCAGACACCAAGUUAGGUAUAGUGAGAAAUAUGUGCAAGAACUUGAAUCUUUCUUUUAGAACACCAGAUCAUCAUCUGCAUAGAUUAAUAGGAAGACAAAUGGGUUAUGGGGUUUAUAAAAGGCUACAUAAUAUUGGUUUGUGUUUUAUACAAGUAUAUAAUGUCAGCCCAAGAUAGAAGAUUACAAAUAGAUUGAUAGUUAUUACAAAAUGUAUUGUAGAGAAGAAAAUCUCUACAAUGUGGAAUUGACCUAGAAAAAUAAUCUAAUGAUACAAGUUUUUUAGAAUGAAAUAAUAGAUUGUUGUCUGACUUAAAACAGAAUGGUCUCAAUUUCAAAGCCCACCAGCUGUCCUCCAUGCAAAGAUCUGGGCUAGGAUAUCUACAGGAAAGUCCAAAAUUGACAAGUUGUGCCCCUUUAAACAAAAAAUGUUGAAAUCCAAUGUUCAUUUCUAAAUGACAAUAUUAUACAGUGAGAACAGAAAGCCUUUCUUAGAGAGAGUUAAACAUUUUAUGAUAUAUGUAAAAAUAGUAGAUUUGUACAAAAGAAAAUUUCCUUUUUACAGCAUGUUAGAUAAUCUCCCAAUGAACAGCACUACUUAAGUAGCCUAUUACAACACAGAAAAAUAAAUCUGAUACAUAUUUAAAAGAAAAUGUGCUAGAUAAUGGGAAUGUGAAUAUAUACUGGGUACUUGUAUUUACUUUUGUUCUGGUCUCUAUCAGCUGCUUAGCAAUAGCUUAUACUUUUGACCUUUGGUAUAAAUGUAUAGAACCAAUAUAUCUAUUUAUUUUCACUUGUAAUCUUGUUUUUAUAGGGUAAAAAAAGUCUUUACUUUAUAUUACUUUGCAGCACCUUAUUGAGACUUGAAUAUAUUUUAUGACCUGGAUCUACUAAUGCUGUGCUAGUGAACAAAAAGGUUUUUAUUUAUAACACAUUUAAAACGACACUAUAAAUAUUUCUUUUUUCAACAUUUUAAUUUCACCAACAAUGAACAAUAAAAGCUAAAUUGCAA